AUGGUGUGCGAAAAGUGUGAAAAGAAGCUAACUAAGGUGAUUGUUCCUGAUAAGUGGAAGGAAGGAGCCAGUAACACCAACGAAGGCGGUGGCCGGAAAAUCAACGAGAAUAAACUCCUCUCUAAGAAAAAAAGAUGGACUCCUUAUGGAAAUACCAAGUGCAUUAUUUGCAAGCAGCAAGUACACCAAGAUGGCAAGUACUGUCACACCUGUGCGUAUUCCAAAGGAGUUUGUGCUAUGUGCGGGAAGCAAGUGCUUGACACCAAGCUUUACAAACAAAGCAAUGUAUAA